CCUUGUGUACAGCUGCCCAGACACUGACUGUUUUUUCUGGACCAUUGUAGCGAGGUCAGGCCUUCUUCUGCCCAAACACUGGCUGAACAUUGAGUUCUUACAUACUGCAGUCACGUUAAAAUUCCAGUAUAAACAACUGACUCAAUUGUGAAUUUUUUUUUUAACAUUAUAACACGUUAUAUGUAUUGUAUGGUAAUCAAUCAGUUAGAGGUUGGUUCGCAUUACCGUAACACGGGACUAAUUACACCAAUGGAAUACUAAUUUAACACUAAUUCAAGGCAAGUUAUUUACAAAUACCUGCACUUCCCCCUAACCAGUGUCAACGAUAUAUUUUCAAACAGUGAAACAAUAUAACAAUUGUAUCCACUCCGUGUACAUUCGGCAACUGCGCAAAAAAAGAAACAAGACUUUGACCCCCUCGAACCUGUAGACAACCUUAUUCGGAGAUUUAACAGAUUGGCCUAAUUUGUAGUCUGUUGUACAGACCCGAAUUGUUUUACAUAAAUGUCCAAAAGAUUACAACGUAGGCUACAACUUUCCAGAUGAUUCAGGCAUGUAGUUUUGCAGUUUUCUUUUAGAACGUAGCCUCACGGCGGCAAUUCUUGUCUCCAUUGAGAAUGGGGGGUGUGGAUGUCUCCGUGUUUUCUCUUCAGCUUUCUCGUGAGUUUGUCUACUCUCUCCAGUCUUCAAUGUAAACUGAUACGUACACCCUCAGUCUUUUGUAAUGGAAAGAAAGAGGUGGAGAAAAAAGAAAGGGGAGGAGAGAACAUACUCCAUUCUUCUUUUUUGGGCGCUGUACCGCGGGAUCACAGUUCAACGUGCAGUUUAUUGCCAAUUCAUUAUUGUUGACAUAAUCCAAAGGUGUGUUUGUUUUCCACCUACAAUAAUUAUGUAAAAAUAAAAUAGAGCAUCGAGGAACGAAAAGCUCGUAGGAACAUUUUCAAACUUCCAACCUUGUCAUAUUUCCCGGGAUGUAUCGUCGUCAUUGCUUGCUCUCCCCUAAGCGUCUCGCUAAGCAACGUUUUCUGGCUAGUCGGUCGAAAAUGUGAAUUGUGAACUUUCUACGGACAGUGAAAAAAUCCAUAAGGGACUUCGUUUGGUCGUUGGUUUUAGAAAGCGAAGAAGACGUGACGACAUUUGGACAGCAAUUGUGUGUUCAACUACAAUUCCAGGGAGAUGGCGUGGCGGUGGGUACUGGCAGCCAUUUUGGUGACGUCGUCUCUCUCCUUUGGCUCCGCCCACGACGACCCCCUCCUUUCCCAGUGGCACUUCACGUCCAAGACAUUAAUCAACAAUGUGGUCCUGGACCCUAGCACCAGUCGUCUGUAUGUGGGCGCCGUCAAUGCCCUCUACCAGUUGGACCAGUCCCUUCAUGUCGAGGCGUACGCCAGCACGGGCCCGAAGAAUGACAACCGCCAGUGCACCCCGCCCGUCACCCCAGCCUGCGAAGAGGCAGUAAAGACAGACAACCACAACAAGUUGCUCCUCAUCCACCCGUCCAAGGACACCCUGAUCGUGUGCGGUAGUCUGUUCCGGGGAAUCUGCUCGUUGAGGAACCUGUCCAACGUGGACCAGCUGCUCUACUUCAGCGACACCAAAGGAGAGAAGACCUACGUGGCCAGCGCGGAGGAGAGCGUGUCCGUCGUCGGGGUCGUGUCCUAUUACGCCGUCAAGGACGGCGGGAACUUCACGGUUUUCCUGGUGGGUAGGGGCUAUGGCAGCCAUGACAGCACCAAGCUCAUCAGCACUCGGAUCCUCCAGGACCACCUCGAAUGGGUCGUGUUUGACAAUGUCAUCGAGGCCUCAGCCGUCCAGGCUAGCCCCUUCACAAUGCGCUACCACCAUGACUUCAGACACGUUUUCAAGGACGGCGGCUUUGUCUACUUCCUCUUCUCCAGAACCCUCAGCGACCAGGACUCGGGAACCAAGAAUUUCACCUUCAUCUCUAGAAUGUGUGAGAAUGACCACAACUACUACUCGUACACCGAGCUCCAGCUGAACUGCAGUGUGGGCAAUGCGUUCAACAAGGCCCAGGCGGUGUACGUCUCUCUCCCGGGAGAAGCUCUGGCCAGGAAUAUGAGCAGCUCUGGCAAGUACGGACGUGUUCUAGCCACGGACAAGGUGAUGUUUGUGGUGUUCAGUUCGGACGACGACAGCUCCCGCUCGGCGCUGUGUCUGUACCCGCUGAAGGCCGUCAACCAGAGGCUGGUGGAAGUCAUAGAAGCCUGCUAUAGCGGGAACGGAAACAUCAAUAGCACGCCCGCUGUGUACUCUCCUUACUCCAACAAGAAGAAAGAAGAGCUGUGCGUCUCUUCCUCUGAGAAAAACAGAGCGAUUACGCACCGGUGUGGCGCGGAGUUCCUUCCGUCCCCUCUGGCCAGCAGGGUUGAGUUCGGCCUGGCGGCGGACCCCGUCUUCAUCAAGAAGGCCCAGACGAGCGGUGUGUGGAGUGCCGUGGCUGUCACCGUGGAAACCGAGCACACAGUCGCCUUCCUGGGAUCAACUUCAGGAGAGGUGUGGAAACUCCACCUGUCGGCCAGCCCGGAGAUCUACGGCCACGCCCCUGGGGACAACACAGGAGAGAAGGUCAACAAGAACCUGCUGUUCAACAACGAGCGCACUCACCUGUACAUCACCACGGAGACGAAGAUCACCAAGGUGCCGGUCCAGGCGUGCCACCUGAAGACAGACUGUAAGUCCUGCAUGUCUCUGAAGGACCCCUACUGUGGCUGGUGCGUGUUGAAGGGCAAAUGUACCAGGAGGAGUGACUGUCCCCGGUCUGAUGAAGAAUACACCUGGCUGUGGAGCCCCAACAGGAUGUGUGUCCAGAUCCAGGCCUUCAGUCCACCCAACCUCAGUUGUAGCAAGACUCGGCAGGUGGAGAUCGACGUCCCCACUCUACCCCAAAUUGAAAGUUCUGACAUUGUCAAGUGCGAGUUUGACUCGAACCUUAAUAUAGCUGUAGUGAAAGAUAAGAAGAUCACCUGUUCCCUCCCUGACCCUGUGGAUAUCCCCCCUACACCUGACAAACAGGACUAUGUGGCCGUGCCGGUCCGGAUACUGGUUAACGGUGAUGUUGAGGUCACGUCCGGCGAAUACAAGUUCUACAACUGUGCCGCUGCCAUCAGGAAAUCAGAGAACACCCCGUGUAUCGCCUGUGUGACCAGCGAGUGGCGGUGCCAGUGGAAGGCCCAGGAACACACCUGCGCUGACAGCGAUGCUGAACACUUGAACGAACCCCAGCAGGCUGACAGCUGCCCACAGUUUGAGAACCCGGAACCUAAGCUCGUUCCCGUGGGCCACCGGAUCCCCAUCAGCUUUGAGGGCAAGAACCUGGACAUCUACGCGGGUCGGUCUUUCAAGAUCGGCACAGAGCUCAUGAAAAACACAGAGGAAAUGUUAACCUUUAACGAAGGGUCCAAGUUCAAAUUUAACGGUUUCGAGUUUACUUACGACAAGGAGCAGGAGGUCAAUGUGUCCUUCCACAUCAAAGACUGCGACACAGAGAAGAAGAUCGACAGCACUCUGACUGUGGUGCUGUAUAACUGCUCUCUGGGACGGGAAGACUGCAGCCUGUGUAAGCACGCCCACCCCAAGUACAACUGUGUGUGGUGUCCCGGCGUGAGGUCCUGUGUCUACAGGGAACUGUGUCCGUCGCCGGAGCCUGCCCUGUGCCCAGACCCCAAGAUCACUGACAUCAUCCCUCAUUUCGGGCCUCUGAACGGAAAGAUAUCUGUGACCAUCAAAGGGUCUAACUUGGGCAUAAAGAAGGAGGACAUUAAGAAGGUCACAGUGGCUGGAGUGGACUGUGUCCACCAGGAGGACAGAUACUCCGUCUCUACCAGCGUGGUGUGUGAGAUCGGUGGACUCUGGCCUGCUGACGGCGUUAACCAGGGAGUGGUGGAGGUGGAGUUGUUGGGCGACAGGAGGGGACGCUCUGAGGUCCUCUUCACCUACAGGGACCCCAUCCCUCUAAAAGUCUCCCCCGUAAAGGGUCCAGCGGCCGGGGGGACAUACGUCACCAUCAGUGGGACGGACCUGGACACAGCCACCAAGGACGACGUAGCCGUCACCAUCGGAGGGACGCCAUGUGACGUUUUGCAGUUUGGCGCUGAGAUCGUCUGUGAAACCGGUGCAAAUCAGGGACUUAAGGUGCCCUCUGAGCCCCUACUGGUCACAGUGAAGUAUGGGAAGAACACCACCAAAGAAGUCCCUGUUCGCUUCCAGUACUUUGAGGACCCCAAAGUCACCAGCUUCAACCCCAAGGCCAGCUUUGUGUGUGGAGGCAGGAGGAUCGUGGUGGUGGGCAGCGGCUUUGACCUCGUCCAGAGAGCCUCCAUGAAGGUGCUGCCCUCUGCUGACGAGUCCUCUCCGGAGUCCAACCCCGUCGAGUACGUCCAGGACUAUGUGAGUAAGAACGACACGGUACUUGAGUUUGAGAGCCCUGAGGUGAACAUGUCUCAGGCUGGCCAGUUAGCCUUCAGGACACUCCUUCAGCUGGACAACGUACAGGUGGAGCUGAAGAACUUCAUGUACCACACCAACCCCACCUUUGACCGACUGGCUAAGGACGUUAUCACGGAGACCUCCAUCAUUAUCGUCACGGGUCAUGGUUUCAACAAGGCCAUGACCGCUGAAGAGGCCCAGGCGUUCGUGGGCGACGCCUACUGCAAGGUGACCAUCCUUCAGGAGGACAAGCUGAUCCUUGAUGCGCCGUCCACCCAGCCCAAGGCCCGCUCCAAAAGCCAGCGUGGAGACACCUCGGACCCCCUGGAUCUGACGAUUAAGUUUGGUAAAGGUGAAUGGGUUAUUGACAAGGUGCGCUACGAGAAGAAAUAUGAGGUGCCCUUGGCUAUCAUCAUCCCGGCCGUCCUCUUCCCUAUGGUGCUCUUCAUAGCGGUGUCCGUAUACUGCUAUUGGAGGAAGAGUCAGCAGGCUGAAAGGGAGUAUGAGAAAGUGAAGCACCAGUUGGAGAACCUGGAGGAGAGUGUACGAGACCGCUGCAAGAAGGAAUUCACAGACCUGAUGAUCGAGAUGGAGGACCACACCAACGACCUGAGUGAGGCCCGGAUCCCCUUCCUGGACUAUAAGACCUACACUGACCGGGUCUUCUUCCUACCCUCUAAAGAUGGGGCCAACGACGUGAUGAUCACAGGGAAGCUGGACAUCCCUGAGGCGCGGGCAGCCAUCGUGGCCCUGGCCCUCAACCAGUUCUCUAACCUGCUCAACUCCAAGACCUUCCUCAUAAACUUCAUCAAGACAUUGGAGAGUCGUCAGGACUUCAGCGCCAGGUCCAGGGUGUACUUUGCCUCCCUGUUGACUGUGGCUCUGCACGGUAAACUGGAGUACUACACCGACAUCAUGACCACGCUGCUGCUGGAGCUCAUGGAGGAACACGUCCACAGCAAGAACCCCAAACUCAUGCUGCGCAGGUCAGAGACAGUUGUGGAGAGGAUGCUGUGUAACUGGAUGUCCAUCUGUCUCUACCAGUUCCUGAGGGACUCCGCCGGCGAGCCCCUGUACAAGCUGUUCAAGGCCAUCAAGCACCAGGUAGAGAAAGGCCCAGUGGACGCUAAGAUGAAGAAGGCCAAGUACACUCUGAAUGACACGGGCCUCCUAGGGGACGAUGUGGAGUACUGCGUCCUGACCUUGCAGGUGCUGGUGCACGGGGAGGGGCCUGACGUGACGCCGGUGAAGGUGCUGAACUGUGACACCAUCUCUCAGGUGAAGGAGAAGAUCAUUGAGCAGGUGUACCGCAACCUGCCCUACUCACAAAGGCCCAACACAGACAGCGUUGCUCUAGAGUGGCGCCCCGGUUCCACGGGGCAGAUUUUGUCCGACAUGGACCUGACGUCGCAGAAGGAAGGCAGGUGGAAGAGACUCAACACCCUGGCUCAUUACAACGUGAGAGACAAUGCCACUUUGGUCCUGUCAAGGGUGCUUCAUCACCGUCAGUUCCAUCAGAACCCGGACAGCCAUGAAGAGAGAAAUGCCCUGCUGGAGGAUGACAAGGUGUUUCACCUGGUCCGACCAGCGGAUGAGCUGGAUGAGGUCAAGUCCAAGAGGGGCAGCCUGAAGGCCAAGACGACAACCAAAGCCAUCACUGAGAUCUACCUGACCAGGCUGCUCUCUGUCAAGGGGACACUGCAGCAGUUUGUGGACGACUUCUUCCGCAGUGUACUGUGCUCCGGCGCUGUGGUGCCUCCUGCCGUUAAGUACUUCUUUGACUUCCUUGACGAGCAGGCUCUGAAACAUGAGAAUGUAGAGGAGGAGACCAUCCACAUUUGGAAGACCAACAGUCUGCCUCUGCGUUUCUGGGUGAACAUUCUGAAGAACCCUCACUUCAUCUUUGACAUCCACGUGACUGAGGUGGUGGACGCGUCUCUGUCAGUCAUUGCUCAGACCUUUAUGGACGCCUGCACCAAGACCGAGCACAAACUCAGCCGGGAGUCUCCCAGUAACAAGCUACUCUAUGCAAAGGAGAUCUCCACCUACAAGAAGAUGGUGGACGAUUACUACAAAGGAAUCAGACAGAUGGUUCCUGUCAGUGACCAGGACAUGAACACACACUUGGCUGAGGUCUCCAGGCAACACACGGACAAGCUGAAUACCCAGGCUGCCUUGCACCAGCUCUAUCAGUAUGCCAGCAAAUACUACGACGGGAUCAUCCAGGCUCUAGAGGAGGACCCGGCAGCCCAGAGUAAACAGCUGACCGUCCGGCUACAACAGAUAGCCGCCGCCCUCGAGAACAAAGUCACCGACCUUUAACCCUGGUGGCGAAGGGCCAGAUCGAGGGGGAGAGGCUGUUGUGGGGGUGUGGGUGGUGCUAUGGGACCACUGUAAACCAUUGAUGAAUGAAACCAGAUUAAAGUCUGAAGACUGAGGCGGAGCUGUGAACUUCUGAUGAUUAAUCUAAUCAGUGGAGUAACAAACAUUACCCCGGGAACCUCCUUUGGGUCAAGAGAUGUGGGGAAACUAGGGGGAUCAACACCUGCAAAGGAGCGGAGGACCAGGGAGGAUUCCUAGAAGACUCACUGUCCCUCUUCGUCUGACGAAAGAUCCCACGGACUCUGAAUGAGCGAGGGCCUGUAGCAUAGUGGCCUGGUUGAACUAACACUCGAAACCCCGUCGUUGGUGGGUCUUCUGUAGGAGCCGGCGCAGUACACUGUUGACCAACCAUACCGGACUGCUUCCUGACCUAACGUUGAUUACUUCAAGAGUCUACAGAUAAUCAGAUGUUUCAUGUCCCCCAGAGUAGACCCAACUAGAAGAGUAGUGUUGUAUGUAUAUAUAUUUUUAUGGUGUGGGGGGUAUGCAGAAGAUGCUUUACAAUGUGAUGAAAUUAGUUUUUAAACAGUUGGAGGGCCACUGCUAAUUUGUUAUUUUUAUUUUUUUCGAGAAAAGGUCCUAGACACAAAGCAAGGUGUUCAUGAUUCGAUUGGUUUCCUCUUGUGUAAUUUGCAUUGUCAUUGGCUCGUUUUGCUUCUAAUGAAAUAUAUUGUGAUCUUUUACCCGAGUUGGAAUUAUGACUAAAGAUUUAUGAUUAAUCAUGGUAUUCCCAAGAAAUCCAGCCAAACUCUGGUUUUUAUUUUACUUUCAUUUUGAUUGCUCAUUUUGUAGGAUGCUUUAAUGUUCAUUCCUCAGCGCUGCGUUUGUGACAUCCAUUAACCAUUUCAUAUUUGUUUCAGUCCGUUGUCUUCUUCACUGUUUUCAGGGACAACUCUUCCCUAGAUGGCAGCAAUGCUACAGACCAAUAAGGCCAAUACUAUAUAAGAGGGAACGUAAGGCGGAGGCGCAUUUAUACUGUAUGUUUGAUAUCUCAGUCUCUGCACAAUGUCCAGAAUAACUGACCCCAUUCUCAUUGGAGCCGAAGUGGCCAUGUUCUCAUUUUUAUAAGUGACACAUAAUUUGCCUUACUCUACAUCGCGGGGCCCAGUAGCUGUGCCAAUGUGAAUAGUCAGCGCUAGUUUAUUCUGAACAUGUAACCACUUUUUGCCCAUUGCUAAUUGCACACAUCUAUCAUGUGUUAAUUGCCAUCAUUUGUUAUAUGUGUAUAACCUUAUCAAUGGUUUAUUUAAAUAUGGCUUUUGUUUUGGUCACUAUGUGUGAAACGAGAAUGGAAAUUGAGAAGAGCGAUGCUGAAAUGAAGAUUGCAUAUGUAUUUAAUUGAAUGGUACUUUUUUAAAAAAUGGUUUAUGUGUUAGCCCCUCCGGCUUGUCCGGUGAGGUCAGUAAAGGUACUGCUGGUUUCUAUUGAUCAAAGUCAUCAGUGUUAAAACAUUUUAAGUUCUCCUGAAACCAUUUGAAUUGACUUAAAUUGUGUAAUUUCAUUUGCCUGACCGAUGAGAAUCUCCCUUAAAUAAUUUCUGCCAAAUGUUUUGCACGUCAUCAUUAGCUCAGUGGUUUUAUUUGCUAUGCAACUGCAUUUUGAAUCACUCUUGAAAUAUAUUUUAAUACCAAACCGA